AAUAAGUCUGAGAAAAAGAUCAAAUGGUCAAAAUCUCAGCAAUCCAUCGAACCCCACCUCCUCUCUCGUGGGAUUUUGGUCGAACAGGCGGCGCGGCGGCGGCGGCGCCUCGUCCGCGGUACAAGCGUGCGUUACCCAUGGCCUCGCCGGCGACGGCGACGGCCUCCCUGUGCUGCCGCCUCGUCCGCCUCCCCUUGUUAGUGCCCUAUGCCCGCCGCCGCUCGCCGCUCUCGACCCGGUGCUCCGCCGCGCAGAGCCCCGACGCGGUGGACAGGGAGUACGCCGACCUCAACCUCCGCCCGCUCUACCCCAACAGGGGCCAUCACCUGCGCAUCCGGCAGCACGUCAACCCGCUCAGCUCCUCUUUCUCGGAGCCCACGGAGCCACCGGAGUGGAAGGAGGUGUUCGAGGAUCCCCUGCUGCCACUCAUGGUCGACAUUGGCUGCGCUUUAUCUAUGAAACGUUGCUAUGUAGGGAGCGGGAGGUUCUUGAUUUGGCUUGCCAAGAACUCCGGUGAAAGGCGAAACUACCUCGGCCUGGAGAUUCGGCAGAAGUUGGUGGAGCGGUCGCAGUUCUGGGUAACCGAGUUGGGGCUUAGGAAUGUUUAUUUUAUGUUUGCAAAUGCAACAGUGUCUUUCAACCAGAUUGCGUCGUCGUACCCUGGUCCCCUGUCACUUGUUUCUAUACUGUGUCCUGAUCCCCAUUUUAAGAAGAGGCAUCACAAGAGAAGAGUUCUACAAUCGCAGUUGGUGGAUUCAAUCACAAAUAACCUCUGUUUAGGUGGACGGGUUCUUUUGCAAUCGGAUGUACUCGAAGUGGCUGCAGACAUGAGGGAAAGGUUUGAUGAAUACUCGGAUGUGUUUGAGCAUGUUGACUGUAUUGAUAAAGAUCUUCGAUGUGACAAUGAAGGAUGGCUUCUGGACAACCCAAUGGGCAUACGGACAGAGAGAGAAGUACAUGCAGAGUUAGAAGGAGCAACCAUAUACAGGAGGAUGUACCAAAAAACUAGAGAUGUUUCUCACUAGAGAUGUUCAUCGGUUCAGUGGACACAGGAGUUAUCCAAGCGGUAAUGGUUAAUGGCGUUCAGCUUUAAUCUUGCAUCCUAAAUCAAAGCAGCCAUCUUUCACCCUCGGUCGUCUAUUACUGAAGCAAGUUUCAUUCACUGCGUGCAAUUCAGACAGUCUUGAUUUUUUCUUGUCAGAUGUGAUGAGCGAAACCUGCCAAUGGUUCGCAUCUCUCCAAUGUUUUGGCCCAUCUUUUUUCUGUCGGAUCAUUCCUACGACAGAUAUCUGCGGUGGUAACCAUAUGUAAGUUCAGCGUCUGCUAGUCCAUGAUCAUGAGCUAAUGAACAGCUUUCAGGGUUGGGGUUGUUCUCUAGGAAUCGAAGUGUAAUGUGUCUUGGCAAUCUUGAUGGUGACUUUGAUUAUAAGGAAAUUUUACAAACUUGCCGCAGCAAACUGACCAUUUUUGAGACGCAGCUGCUAAAGAAUGGUGUUUACAAUAGAGAACUUGGCUCUCACUGGUGAAGUGGUGAUAAUAGGAGAGAAGGAUGAUCAUGUUUUUUUCACAUUACACUGUGUUAUGAUGUAGAUCCCUGAACUUUGUAUGGCCUGUAAAUUGUAACCUUAUGAAUGUGUGGCAGCAGUGGACAUUUUGCUAGCAACAGAAUCAUGCAAUCUGAAGUAGCCGACAAACUUUUUUUUAGAGGAGCUUACAAUCUUUGAGAAUUGAUAUCA